AUGGAGAUCGAGCCCGAGGAGCUUCAGAUUGAGAGUGUGGAGUCUCGGCGCAGCUUGGAGUCCAACAAGGAUAUGACGCCCAAGAAGUUGAGCAACUUGGAACUGACCCAAGGUCAUCUGCAGACACUGGUGACUGAAGUCAUGAUGGAUCAUAGUGAACCGGCGCACUUGACCGGCAAUGGUCUUUGGCAAGAGGGCCGUCGCGUUUUGUACAAGUUUGUCAACUCGCGGAGCUUUGAUUAUGUGGCAGGUGUCAUCAUUAUGCUCAACAUGGUAAUGAUUGGCGUUGAAGCCGAACUCUCAUUGCACGACCCUCACGUUCGAUGGGCUGCUUGGGUGGAGCGUGCUUUUCUGGCCGUCUAUGCGGUGGAGCUUGUCCUCCGAUUGUUGGCGGGUGGCCGAAAAAUUCUCCAUAGCAGCUGGUUUUGGCUGGAUUUCUUCUUGGUUGCUGUAGGCCUCCUGGCCUCGUACCCCUGA